AUGGCGCCGAGGGAGAAAGCGGUGGCAGCGGAGAAAGUGGGUGGUGGGAUAAAAGAGGGGCAUUUUCGUGGGGUGAGGAAAAGACCGUGGGGGAGAUAUGCGGCGGAAAUAAGGGAUCCUGGGAAAAAGAGCCGUGUCUGGUUGGGAACCUUUGACACGGCCGAGGAGGCAGCUAGAGCAUACGACAACGCCGCUAGGCAAUUCCGCGGCGCCAAGGCAAAGACAAAUUUCCCAUCUCCGGAUCUGAACAUGAAUGCUGAGAAUCUCAAGAAAAGCAAGGAUUUUCAUGGGAGUAAGAAAACUAUCCAAAGCCGGAGUCCCAGCCAGAGCAGCACCGUCGAAUCGGCCGGCCAUGAUAACUCGCCGGCGGUGAUGGAUUCCUCUCCCUUGGACCUCACUCUGGGUGGAUCCAGGAAGUUUCCCUUUCAGAACCAUGAUUACUUUGGCCCUUCACCGAUGCCCGGUCAACUCACCGGAAGGUUUGUUGGAAUUUUGCCGGUGCAAUCCCAGAUGCUCUACCUUAACGCCUUGUCGAAGCAAGAAAUGGUCAACCAUGUUAAUGGCCACCGGCUUAUGACUAUGGAUUUCCUUAAAGGAGGCAACGCGGCUGGAUUCGAAAGCGAAUCCGACUCAUCAGCUGUUGUCGAUGUGAAACCUAACUAUGGUCUUGGUCUUGGUCUUGGUCUUGGUCUCGAUCUCAACUUCCCACCACCACCCGAGAAUAUCUAA